AUGCGUCUGUCGACACUCCUAUUGGGAGCUUUGGCGCCCAUUGGCAGCCUCGUGGUAGCCGAUGCCGACAACGUUGCGCUACCGCCCAAUUUUAAUCUAGAGGCGUACUUGGCAAAGAACAAUCUUGCCGUUGUGCCUCGAGAUGAGCUGUCAGAUACUCUAUCCGAGAUCAAGCUCUUGCUCAAGGAGACACGGGCCGCACCGAAGAACACCUUCAAGUUGACCACCACCAACAAGAAGAGGCAGAGCAAGCGUCACGCGUCCAAGAAGAGCUUGUUCGCGCGACAAGAUGCCAACUCGACGGUGGUUGAGGACCCAGAGCUGGCAGCGUCAACAGUGGUGGUCGAAGCGCCCGCUCCUACACAAGAUGGCCAGGCAGAUUCCGGCUCAUCUGAAAACGGUGGUAAAGCAGAGACAACCUCGGUCGAUGCGCCAAAGUCCACUCCAGACGACAGUGGGGGCAGCAGCAGCAGCAGAGGCGGCUCAAGCAACGACGACGACGACGACGACGACGGUGAGGACGACGAAAAUGUGCAGCAGUUGGCCAUACCCGGCCUUGGUGACCUGGGCGAUCUCGUCGGCAUUAUCCCAGACUUCCUCGAUGAGUUAAAGAACCUUGGUGGCAUCAUCAAAGUCCUCCAGAGUCUGCUCACCGAGGAGUUCCUCGAAGCAGUGCACGACGCCAUCGUCUACCUUGCCCAGACCCUCCGACCUCCGACACCCAACCAAAUCCGCACCUUGCUCGGUCGUGUUGGUCCCCUCCUCGAUCUCCUCGAAAAGCUCAACCUCGAGGAUCUGGUGGAUCAGAUCGGCGAUGCCGACCUUGGUGGCUUGAUCAGUGCCGCUCUCAAGCUCCUGACCGAGGACAAUGUCGACAAGAUUGGAGGCCUGCUCACCAAUGCGGACAACCUGCUGACACCAUCCUUCGUCAACCAGACCCAGGGUCUUAUUGGCGACGUGUCGCCUCUCCUCGAGGAUCUUCGACCUCUCCUCAAAACUAUCACGGGUCUCGACUUGGAGGGCAUCAUUGGUGCCCUGGAGCCCCUUCUCACAGAGCAGGCUGUCAAGGAGAUUGUUGGCCUCGUUGGCAAUGCCGGUGACUUGCUGUCCGCGCCAUUCGUCAACCAGACCCGCUCGCUCAUCGGCGAGGUGUCGCCGCUCCUCAAUGACCUCAAGCCACUCCUCGAGACUAUCACCGGUCUCGAUCUCGAGGGUAUCAUUCAAUCACUGGAGCCACUGCUCACGAAAGAGUCUGUUGACGAUAUUGUUGGCCUCGUUGGCAACGCGGGAGACCUGCUCACUCCUCAGUUUGUCAACCAGACCAAGUCUCUCAUCGGCGAGGUCUCCCCCAUCCUGGGCGAUCUCAAGCCUCUGCUGGAGAAGGUCACCGAUCUGGACCUGGAAGGCAUCAUUGAGUCACUGGAGCCACUUCUUACGAAAGAGUCUGUCGAGGGGAUUGUUGGCCUUGUUGGCAACGCGGGAGACCUGCUCACUCCUCAGUUUGUCAACCAGACAAAGUCUCUCAUCGGCGAGGUCUCUCCCAUCCUGGGCGAUCUUAAGCCUCUGCUGGAGAAGGUCACCGAUCUCGACCUGGAAGGCAUCAUUGAGUCACUGGAGCCACUUCUUACGAAAGAAUCUGUUGAGGGAAUUGUUGGCCUUGUUAGUAAUGCGGGAGACCUGCUCACUCCUCAGUUUGUCAACCAGACCAAGUCCCUUAUCGGCGAGGUCUCUCCCAUCUUGGGCGAUCUCAAGCCUCUGCUGGAGAAGAUCACCGAUCUGGACCUGGAAGGCAUCAUUCAGUCGCUGGAGCCGUUGCUCACCAAAGACUCCAUCGAAGGCAUCGUCAGUCUGCUCAAGAAUGCCGAGUCACUGCUCAGCAAGGAGACCGUGGAUCAGCUCAAGUCUAUCCUCAAGAGCGCCAAGCCACUCAUCGACAGCCUCGGCGAUCUUGAUCUAGAAGGCUUGCUCAAGGCUCUCGAGCCGCUGCUCACCAAAGAGUCGAUUGAAGGCAUCGUCAGUCUGCUCAAGAAUGCCGAGUCACUGCUCAGCAAGGAGACAGUGGACCAACUCAAGACUAUCCUCAAGAGUGCCAAGCCCCUCCUCGACAGCCUCGGCGAUCUUGAUCUAGAAGGCCUGCUCAAGGCUCUUGAGCCGCUGCUCACCAAGGAAUCGGUUGAAGGCAUCGUCACUUUGUUACAGAAUGCCGAGUCUUUGCUCAGCAAGGA